AUGCAGAUGCAGAUGCGCUGUGCCAGGCGGCGGAAUGGGAGUGAGGAUGCUGUCACCUGCCCGGGUGGUGGUGAAACAAGAGCAGCAGCAGGAGCUACACCGGCGACAAUAACUGGGAGGAAAGAUGGGAAGGAUACAACGGGCGCAACAACGACGACCAACAAAUUACGCCAACUGCUUUUGUUGGUCCAGCAGCAGAUGCCUUUUGCUCUGUGGAGUUUUCCGGUCCAUCACAUUUCCCAGCCCCAUUCGCAAACCCCACAUAAACCCAGCGAGCAUCAGCAGCAUCAGCAUCAUUCUCAGGUUGCCCCCACCUCGUCAUCACCAUCAUCAUCAUCCUCAUCCGCAAUGGCCGCCAUCGUUGCGUGA